CCCGCCAGUGGCUGCGGCCUGACAUCCGCACUAAGGAGCAGAUCGUGGAGAUGCUGGUGCAGGAGCAGCUGCAGGCCAUCCUGCCCGAGGCGGCCCGGGCCCGGCGGCUGCGGCGCCGCGCCGAUGUGCGCAUCACUGGCUGAGCAGCGGAGCCAGGAGCUCCUUGGACUGAUACUCUGCCUUACCCUGAGUUAAUGAAAGUUAAAAUUUGACAGCU